AUGAGAAAAAGUUAUCCAAGUCAAGCCGUUGAAAGAAAACUUAAAGUGUUUGAGGAGACAUACGGUCGCUUAACUAACAAAGGAGGGCCAAUUGAAGACGUUGAAGAAACUGAUUUGAACAAGAAUACCACCGAUUUUGACGGGGAAAAUAGAAAACACAGUGCUGAUAAAGGGAAGCUAGCAAACCUGAAUGGGUUCCAUGUUUCUGAAACAGUAUAUGACAGCACUUUAGAAGAAUCUCUGUUGACAGAUACUGACAAUAACCACGGAGUUAUAAGGAAAACUAACAACAUCGACAAUACACGACGUUCAUCUACUCAAAAAUCAGAAAGGGCAUCGGAUCCCAUAUAUCAUAAGCGACUUGUGAAUCGAGCUGUCAACCAUCGUGUUGCCUUCACAGCGACCUUAUCAGCCGGCGCUACCGAACUUGGGAAACAGCACACAAUUCCCUUUAAUGCAGUUCUGUUAAACGAAGGCCAGGCAUAUGACGCUAUCACAAACACGUUCAUAUGUCCAGUGAACGGGAUAUACAUGUUUCAGUCAGCUUUAAUGAGUUAUUUUGAGGAACAUAUCCAAACUGAAAUCGUAAUAAAUGGUGCAUGUAUUGGUAGAAUGUAUGCGAAGGGUGCAAGUACUGGAUAUGAUCAGGGGUUUAAUUCUGCAACUGUACAAUGCAAUAAAGGGGAUCACGUGUGGGUCAGAGUACACUAUCAUUAUGGCACGAGCAUGUUAAAUGAUUUAUUUUCUUCGUUUUCUGGACACAUCCUGUGGGAAACAUAAAAAACUCUCUUUCAAUUACUUUAAUGUCCUUAUCACUUUUUUCAAUUAGUAAUUUGAAAUAUACAAUAAAUAAAUACAUGUAUGUUUGGAAUUACACAUGUAUAUAAUAAACAU